AUGCCUCGAGGAGCUGGGUCAAGGCUCAGACGCAAAUCUCUCGGCAACGGUCCGUUGCAUGAAGAUCGCGUAGGCCGCCCCAUGGUCCGAUAUCUCUUGGAUACAUAUACUAUGCAGCAGAUUCAAAAGCUCUUUGAAGAAGAAGCAUGUACGCUGCCAUUAUCGCCAACAUCAUUAUCGUUUCCACAAGCAGUAGAUGAUGAUGGAGAUGGUGCAGACUCGACAUUACCCGAAUCCGAGCUGAAGCCAAAAGCUGGGAUUUCAAGCACGACUUGUCAGACUAUUACGAUGCCGCCAUCUUUAAACACCGUCAGUAGAGCUUUCAAACCUAUCAACAAUACAUCUCUUUCAGCUAAUGCUGCCGAAAGAAGCCUCAAAGAUAGUGACGUUGCAUUUUCGGAUAAUGCUCUUGUCCAUCAAAGAAAAGAAGAGUUCAUGGCGGAGAAGGCACCUUUACAUCCUACAAAUGAUAGUGCUACAGAAGAUUCGGACAAUUUAAAUAUCGAAACACCGCCAAGGAAGCAGAAGGAGUACAUAUGCGGCUUCUGUAGCGAAUAUGGAAUCCAUAAAAGACUGUCAAGGCCUAGCGACUUGAAGCGUCACUUAGAAAACACACACCAUACCGACAAUCUUUGGGUCUGUCCCAAAGCAAACUGCCGGAGGGUCUUUCAGUGGCUGGGAGCCUUCAAAGAGCACGCCAGAUAUUAUCACAAGGUGCGCAUCAGGAUUUGUGACGCCGAGAUUAUUACCCUUUGUCCCCAGACUGUCUUUGCGUGCGGCUUUGAAGGCUGCCACCAAGUUUACGAGGCACCGUCGGAAGCUGAGGCAAGCCCAACAAAAGACAAGUUUAUCGCCCACAUCCUUAGCCAUUUUCGGAGUGUCAUGGAAAAACCCAGAGCAUGGACUUUUACACUUAGGAUGCGCAAUUUGCUUAACCAACACGGCUUGUCUAGUGUUUGGCCGCCUCCAUCACUCUCAUACGAACAGAAUCUUGAGCUCAACUGGGAUGCUCGGUCAGGCAGCGUGCUUCAAAAGCUUCUGGAGACGAGACACCUGGGCAGUGCUAGCUCGUUGAUUCGGAAUGCCAUUGCUUUGGGAUCAAUGCCACUCAGAGAGGUUCAACUUGCCCGGGGUAACGCUGUUCUGCCAAUUCUUUCUCAAUGCCAGGCAGCGGUGCAUCAGGUUGAUAUGAUUACCGUUCAAGACACUAUUUUGCCAGGGGAAGCCGCCAACGCUAUUGCAGAAUCUGUCACCACAAACUGCAGCACAUCACUACUUGCUUCGGACCACACUGACACACCGGGCUGUGCCUAUAGGCCACAGCAUUUGCAUCAGGACGCGAUGGAGGAGAUACUCGACUCUCUCAAUGUACCGUCCGUAGAGCAACAAUACCUUUCGGAAGAUAACACAAACCCAAUGGAGUGGAUUGAACAUAAUGACAGUGAAGAGGUCGAUGACGUUGUUUAG